CUUCUGUACAAACGAAAUUUAGGACGAGGAGAAGUCAGCCAGUUUCCAAAUUUAUCAACAGUAGAAAAACAUGAUGAAGACUUGCUUACCUAUUGUCAGCUCUUGGAGGCUCUCCAUUCUGACUUCAAUCAACGAUUUGAAGAUAUUCUUAAAAUUAACAUACCCAAUUGGGUUUUGGACCCUUUUUCAAGUACAAACACAGAAGAAUCUCCAAAUUUACAAGAAGAACUGAUAGAAGUAACAACAAAUGAGGAAUUUAAAUUUAAAUUCAAAGAUGGCUACCAACAGCUCUGGCUGCAAAAGCAGAUACCUACACUUUAUCCUGGAUUAUGGGCUAUAGUACAAAAGUUUUUAAUUGCAUUUCCUUCAUCAUAUUUAGUGGAAAGUGGGUUCAGUGCGGUCACAAAUCUGUUAACUAGAAAAAGAAACCGACUGCAAAUAGCUAAUCGCGGUGAUUUAAGAAUGCUGCUGACAAAAAUAGAGCCGAACAUUAAUAAAUUGAUAGCAGCGCACCAGGUUCAUCCUUCUCAUUAGGA